UUCCAAUAAAAAGUCAUGGGAAAGUUUUCUUUUCUUUUUUUCCCCUUUUCCGAUUAUAGUAGCCUUAAGAAGGCAGUCCAAACCACCCAGCAGUCAGAUUGGAAUUUUACAAAACUGCCUCUCACUUGGAAUAGCUAGCAACGAAAGGACCGCAGUUACCAACACAAUUUAAAGAAAGAGCCAGGUGCAGAGGAUGUCCAGAGCUGACUGGAGCUUCCUGGAGCACUUACUGGAGGAGGGGCAGGAGUAUUCGACGGGCGUGGGGCGGGUUUGGCUCACGGUGCUCUUCCUGUUCCGCAUGCUGGUGCUGGGCACGGCUGCCGAGUCCGCCUGGGACGACGAGCAGUCCGACUUCGACUGCAACACCCAGCAGCCAGGGUGUGAGCUGGCCUGCUACGACCAGGCUUUCCCCAUCUCCCACUUCCGCUACUUCGUCCUGCAGGUGAUCUUCGUCUCCACGCCCACCAUCUUCUACUUCCUCUACGUGGCCGUUCGGGUCAGGCGGGAGCAGAAGCAUGAAGGCGGGGGGGAGGGCGGGCGGACGGGCGGAGAGGUGGAGAGGGGAGCCUCCAAUGACGUUGUACAGUCAGAACAAGAUGACAAAGAGCAAGGGGAGGGGAAGAAAGAUGGCGGUGGGAACAGCAAGAAGAACCAAGCGGAGAGACCCGUGUUGAAAGGCAAGCUUCUGGGCGCCUACACUGUCAGCAUCGUCCUGAAGGUCCUCUUGGAAGUGGGCUUCAUCAUGGGCCUGUGGUACCUGUACGGCUUCGUCAUCCACGCCCGGCACGAGUGCAAGCGCUGGCCCUGCCCGCACACGGUGGACUGCUUCGUCUCCCGCCCCACCGAGAAGACCAUUUUCACCAUCUACAUGCAGGCCAUCGCCGCCAUCUCCGUGCUCCUCAACAUCGUGGAGCUCCUCCACCUUCUCCAGCGGUCCGUCACCCACCACCUGGAGAAGAAGUACCUGGGCAAGACCCCUGUGACCGUGCAGAUAGACACGAUGCCGUCCAGGCUGGUCGUCCCCGAGGAGCCCGCCCUAUCCUACCACGAGAGGGGACACUUGUACCUCCCCAUGGAUGACGCUGGCUUUUCCCGACCGGCGCCGGAGAGCGGGUUAAACUGGGCCGUCCCUGACGGAGGGUCUGCCGCCAUGGGCUCACUCUCACAGCCACUCCCCAGCUAUUCCACCUGUAUGAGAGCCAUGAAGCCCACGUCACAUAGACCGUCCUCUAAAGACUCCUCUCACAGCGGACAGAGCAGGAAGUCCAAGAGAAGGGACAGGGACAGGGACUUGAAGCAUAAGCAGUAUGUAUGAAGGUCCACAGAGGGCUUCUGCCAUAAAUAAACUGUGUACACUGGAAAAAGAGUACCGAGCAGAAUCCUCAUGUGAGGAGCAGGGGCUUGACCGUAAACAUGAGGGAACAUGCACUUUUCAUGCCUUAGGGGAUUGUGGAAACAGUGAGGCCCUCUCCUUUUUUGGCUGGAGGACUAUUAGGAGCAUUUUUCGUGUGAAUAGUCUAAAGUCUCUAUGGUCUCAGCGGCCAAACCCUGUGCAUAUUUUUGGCGACGAACCGACUUGAACCAAUAAUUACACAUAGGGUGGAGCCACGCCAAGCUAUGGAGCACUUCUGCUUGGUACUGCUUGCCACUAGGGUUAAGGAGUGCAUCAUGGAAAAAAAAACACUGGAUGGAAAUAUACUUCUAAAAACAGCUCUUUUUUGGACCUUACAAACAUAGCACAUAAAGCAAAGAUUAAAUGUGAUUUAUGUAGGGAAAAACUGGGCAGAGAUUUGAAUCUUUCCAUAAUGUUAUUCCUUUGCCCAGCAUACACCCCUUAUCCAG